GUGGUAGAAGUAGACCGGUAUUAAAUUACUGUUUAAAAAUAGUUAAGAAUGUGAGAUGUCCAGGAAAUUCGGAGAUUAUCUCAGAAGAAGAAUGAGUGAAUCUGUGUCCAACCAGUUUUAGUACUGUCGAUCUUGUGAUGAUUAUCAUAAUAAUGAAUAACAUAUUUAUCUAAUGAAUUUCAAGUCUGUCAACGACAAAUUUCAUUAAAAACAUUCGAUAUCCUAAUUCUUCAGUUUAUCUAUGUACUUAUAUACAUAAAUGCAUGCUUGAUUCCUUUUGUACAUGCACCGUAGUUAUUGUAACGUAAUAGUAGAUAUGUUUUAUGCCAAUAUACAAAGUAAAUACUCGUGUUUGGAAGAUAACAUUGAACUUUCAAAACUCUUCACAUUAAUUGUAUACAACUAUAUUAUCGCAUUGGUUUGAUAACAAAUUGAUGUUCUUCAUUCUCGUUUAGUUACUGAAAUAAAUCUAAUGUAGUCAUUAUUCAAAAAAAAAAAAGUUUGUGAUACUUUUUCAAAUGAGUUUCAAGUCAAGAGAAGACGAAAAUAAUUAUGAAGUAAUCGACCUAAAUAAUUUACCUUCAUUAUUGUCGGCAGAGGAUUUCACUGAUGAAAAUGGUUCCAAUACAAUGACAUCUUUAAAUGCACUUUUGCUACUCAGUUACUCUGAAGCAAAAUGUAGCGAUUGCAAAGGAGAAAAUCAGUUUCGUCUUUCAUUAGCUUAUGAAAAUCUAAGUAGAAUUCCUAAUGUCAUAUUGAACUGCAUGGCGCAACAAAUAAGAAUUUUAGACUUAAGUUACAACAAUUUUGACAAUUUGAAUUUUCUCAGCGAGUUCAAAAACUUGGAAACUUUCAUCUGUGAUCACAACAAAAUUACCUCGAACACGUAUAUCCCGUUCAUGCCCAAAUUGAGGUUUUUAUGGUUAAAUUAUUGUAAGAUAAAUGGGUUGUAUCCCUGGGCUAAAAGAUUACAAAACUCUUGCCCCAAUUUACUACAUUUAUCCCUUAUGGGAAAUCCCGCUGCUCCUUCAUAUCUCAAUGGCGGAAGUGUUCAAGAAUAUUUAGAAUACAGAUACUUCGUAAUAUCAUUGUUUCCAAAUUUAAUUUAUUUAGACGACAGAGGAAUCACAAAGGAACAAAGGGAAGAAGCACAAAAGAUAUACAAUCGUCCUAUUUUAGAAAGAAUGGCAAUAAAGAAUUCCACAGCAAUGCCUAAUUGUCUAAAGGCAAUAACAGACAGGAUAACAGCGCUUUGCUCUCCAGUACCGCCUUUUGCAGUCCCCCAGAAAAACACAAUCAUAUAAACAAACGUUAAUAUACAUAUACGUAUUUAA